AUGGAGGUGUCCUACUGCUCUCCUCUCCAGCUCCAGGACAACUCUUUCCUGUUUGACUGCGAGUCCCUCCUGGACAAGUCUUAUGAUCCUCUGGCCUAUGAUCCGGCCUCGGACCCUGGUUACUUCAGCGCUGGCAGCAGCCUGUCUCCCACCUCUUCUGUGGACUCCUUCUGCUUCUCCCCCAGCUCCCUCCAGACGGCUGGAAACGAACAAAACGCUUUGGACUGUUUCGUCUUCAAGAGCCCGGCAGCACCUCGUCUGACCCACGAUGCACAGACUCUGCCCUGCUCCAGAUCCUCCGCAACCACAUCCAGCACAAAGAAAUCCAGGUCCAGAUACCCGGGGAAGAAGCGCCAGACAGCCAGCGAGAGGGAGAAGCUGAGGAUGAGGGAUCUGACCAAGGCCAUGCAUCACCUCAGGACGUACCUGCCACCCUCAGUGGCACCAGCUGGGCAGACCCUGACCAAGAUCGAGACGCUGCGCCUCACCAUCCGCUACAUCUCCUACCUGUCGGCUCAGCUGGGCAUCAGCGAGGAGGUGUUGGAGCAGAGGAGAUCCUCAGGCUUUGUGGAGCAGCCCCAAGCCCUAAGCCACUUCCUGGAUCAGCCAACAGCCAGCUGCAGCCCACAAGAAUCAGACUGUCACACCAUGAGCACAGCCCAGCUGUCCUCGCUGCAGCCCUCAUAUCAGGUUUCCAGCGGAGCUUACUUCUCCUGCGAGCAGUUCUGGACGGCACAGCAGCAACUACAAAACGCCGCCUUCUCUGGACAGUGCUGA